AUGGAUUCCCAUAACUCCAAAAUCGGCAGCCAGCCUUCGGGAGCGCAAGGUUCGAACCAUCUAGGGUCGGAUGCAGCACAGCGGCAGGAUGGGCUGAGCGCAGCAAUUGCCCAAGGAUCGAAAACGACAUAUUCCACCAUGAGCACGAAGACUGAACACGACACACAAGUCGGCACAAUCGUCAACACCGAAGGAACAGCCAGGGAGACUGGGGCAGACCUCAAAAGCCAUGUUUCCGGUGACAUCCCCGUACUGGGAGCACACUCUACCUCUGACAGAUGUGACAACAAGGCCCAGAAGAGACUGCCACGAUCUUCAGUUCGUCUCUUUUUCAUUUUGGUCGGCAUGUUCUUGUCACAAUUUCUCUCGGCACUCGAUCAGACCAUAGUCACCGGUGCUCUCCCACACAUCACCGCCGAACUCGAUUCAUCCGGCAGUGGCUAUACCUGGGUUGGAUCCGCAUUCGCCCUGGCGCAGACUGUUGUGCUGCCCAUCUACACGCAAGCAGGAACUUUCUUCGGCCGUAAAUGGACGUUGCUGUGUGCCAUCUCCAUCUUCCUCUUUGGAAGUAUCUUGUGCGGUUGCGCAGACAGCAUGACGGUCUUGGUCGCUGGCAGAGUCGUGCAAGGUGUUGGUGCUGGUGGGAUUCUGACCCUAGUCUAUAUCCUCAUUGGGGACUUGGUGAGCACAAAGGAUCGAGGCAAAUAUCAGGGCUUGAUUGGUGCAACUUGGGCCGUGGCCAGCGCUGUUGGUCCGGUGUUAGGAGGCAUAUUCGCAGACAAGGUCUCGUGGCGAUGGUGUUUUUUCAUCAAUGUCCCUGCCUCGGUGCUGGCCUUCUUGGUCAUCAUGAUGUUUCUUCACAUGAGUCACCCGCCGGUGGAGCUUUACAAGGUCAUCCGAAACGUGGAUUACCUCGGCAUCACCAUCAUAGCGGCUGCAACGACUGUCAUCCUCUUGACCUUACAGUGGGCACAACAAGGCGCCUUAUGGUCCUCAUCCCGGCAGAUUGUCUUCCUGGCGCUGGGUGGGCUGGGGUUUGUCAUCCUCCCAUUCAUUGAAGCAACAGCGCCUGUGCCUGUCGUUCCGCUGAGCCUCUUUUCACAUCGAACCAGGAUUGGGUCAUACCUGGCUUCAUUUCUGCACGCCGUCGCCUACUCUGGCAUCGCAUAUUACACACCCUUGUAUUUACAGGCUGUCAGAUGUCAGACUGCCUCCGAGUCUGGUGUAAGCAUGCUUCCAUUGGUGAUAUCCUUCACCAUCGUCAGUACUGCCAGUGGUUAUUUGAUAUCAUGGACCAGAAAAUAUCAAGGUUUGAUAUGGACUGGAUUCGCACUUUCAGCUGUCGGAUCUGGGCUGACAAUCAUGCUCAACCAGACCUCCAGCAACAUCGCCCAGAUCGCAUUCUUGAUUCUGACUGGACUUGGUCUGGGGCCAAAUUUCAACUCGAUGUUGAUUCCGAUACAUGCAUCGUUUGGUGACGAGACGGAAAGUGCCCCAGAAGCCAUAGCAUCGUCCACCGCAGCUUACGCCUUCCUGCGUUCCAUGGGCAUCAGCAUUUCGAGCAUGGUGCUCUUCAACGGUUUAGCCAACAUCGAUAUUAACGGCGUCCCCAUGUCGCAGGCAGUGGGAAUUGUUCGCGACCUCCCAGAGCCACAAAGGUCUCUGGCCGUGAGCUUAUUUUCAGAAGCUAUGCGAGAUGUCCAUAUACAGAUCACAGUCGUGCUGGCGGUAGCCUUCCUUGCAAGUUUGGUAGUGGGCAAGCAUGAGUUGCAGAGUAAGGUGCAGUCAAACCACAGACUGAUAGAGGACGAGGCUUGA